AAACUCUGUUUCAACUUUUACAAUCCUAAAAAAAUUGGUUUUGUGAAUAUUGAAUUUAUAAUUGCAACAAGUAAAGUAAGAUUAUUAAAGAACAUUUAGUUAAAAUGCAAUGCUGUUAAGUUGAGAAGACCCUGAAACUUUUUUCAGGAUAUAAUUUUUUAAACAGAAGUGAAAACUCAUUACUACAGUCAAAAUGUCACUUUAUCCAUCUUUAGAAGAUAUGAAAGUAGACCAACUACACCAGGCUCAAAGACACCAUGAACAAGCAUCACAACAACCACCAGCUUUACAGUACCCCCAUCCAGUAGCUCCUGGUGGUCAGCCUAGUGCCCCCAGAACACCAUCACCAUCAUUAUAUCCUCAACUAGGAGACUAUAUGGGUCUCUCACUUACACCUGAAUUAGUUGCACAAAAUAUGCCUGUGGCUGUACCUACUCCAAUGCCCGUUGGAGUAAGACAAAAUGGAGCUGGACAGAUGCAGGUAGCCCCCAUAUCUGGAGACAGUAAAGGUUUAGUAAGAGCUGAAAUAAAACAAGGCAUUCGUCCUAUUAUUUUAUGUAAAGAUGAAAAUGGUAAACUUGGUCUGCGUGUUCGUCAUGUAAACAAUGGUUUAUUUGUGGCCUUGGUGCAGAAUAAUAGUACUGCAGCUUUAGCAGGAUUGAGAUUUGGUGAUCAGAUUUUACAGAUUGAUGGAAAGAGUGUAGCUGGUUGGGACAAUGAUAAAGCUCAUAGAGUCUUUAGAGAUGCUAAUCCAAAAAGAAUUGAAUUAGCUGUCCGAGACAGACCCUUUGAAAGAACAAUUACCAUGCAGAAAGAUAGUGUGGGUUAUAUUGGUUUCGUAUUUAAAGAUGGCCGAAUUAAGUCCAUUGUGAAAGAUUCAUCUGCAGCCAGAAAUGGUAUUUUGACAGAUCAUCAGCUUAUUGAAAUUAAUGGUCAAAAUGUUGUUGGUUUAAAGGAUAAUGAAGUUGGCGAAGUAAUUGAUGCAGGCGGUCGAACGGUUACUGUAACCAUCAUGCCAUGUUUCCUGUUUGAUCACAUUAAGAAAUGCAUGGGAAACAGUUUAAUCAAAAAGUUAAUGGAUCAUUCAAUACCUGAUCUGUAAACAUCAUCUUCUGGAAAUAAGCCAUCUGUAUAGUGUAUUCAGAGUUAUCUCCUUGUAGUGAACUCAUGUGUAUAAACUUCUUGUAUCUAUGUUUUAAACAUAAUAACAUAAACUUAAUAUACAAGAUAUUUGGUGUUAAAUAAAAACUGUGAAUUUUUAACAGAAUAACUGCAUAAACAAAGAAAAAACACCCAAUAAAACGACAACUUAAAAAGCAAAAACUGUGAUUUCUAAUUUUGACGUGUUUAUGUACUUGUUUUUUUUAAUGUGCCCUUUCAUAAUAUCGGUAUCUUACACCUUAUGUGUCAAUUAUUGAAAGUUAUUCUAAAAAUUAAAAGUGAUUUUUUUAAAAAAAAGGAAGAAAGCUGCUGCACUUUUAGAACAACAAUCUGGAGUAAUAUUAAUGAAUUGUUCAGUUGUUUGUAAUUAUUACCGGAGUCUAUUUCCUAUAAAACGUGGAUAUUAACAAAGGUUAUAUUGCAUGAUCUGGUGUUUGAAAUAACUGUAACUAUUUGAUAGGAAUGUGUUGUGGAUUAAUGAAACAAUAUAAUCACAAUAAACAUAUGGUUGUAUCGGAUCUGCCUAGAAUUUUAAUUUUUUAGUUUUGAUUUAAGAUGUUUGUUGGAAUUUUUGUUUGUAACCAUGUGAGUUAUACCGUAUGUAAUUAUGUGUUCAUAUUGCUACUAUAAAAAAUUAGUCAUAAUUUUCUCUGAUAUUGUAGUAUAACAAUAUUCUCACUAUCAUGUAUCAAUUCAGUGUUUUUCUAAAUUUUCAAGUUUCUUACUUAAAAUUGUUUUAAAUUUUGUCUCCCUUAUAUAAUUGUUCUAUAGAACAUAUGUAUAAUAAACUAUUUAUUCUUUCUGUAUGCUAUCAUGAGAACAGUGUUUAUUGUGAUUUAAGACAUUUGUUGGGUGUAUAUUGUUAGUAGUAGAUUUGUCUUUUGACAUUAAAUGUUUGAACUCAACGCUAAUUAGAAAUAAUGUGAACAUAAAUAUAUUUGACUUCACUUAAUAACUAAGAAAUUACUAAAAGAAUAUUAUAAAUAAACUUUAUUACAAUCUACAUUUUAUUUUAGCAGUAUAUGCUAUACUUAGUUAUGUUAUUUUUUAUAAUCAUUUAUUAAAGUCAACCAUUUGCAAUAUAGCAAUUAUUGUUAAACACACUUUGUUUUUUUAUGUACAUAAUUGAAUAUUGCUUUAAUUGAAUAAAUCAUAAAAUUUC